UAGGAGGUUACGGUUGGUCGUCAAGCAAGAGCAUUGAAUUGUGCCCUCUGACUCUAAGGUGUGGCCCUGGGAAUGGCUGCCUGGAGUCAGGAGCCAAGGAUUAGAGGCUCAGGAGCAGUGAGAUGAUAGGAACUGGAGUCACAGCGCUGUGUGCUGGGCUCUGCUCCCAGUGCUUCGAACUGUUAAUUCAACAGCAGCUCUGUGAAUGGGUGCUGUUACUAUCGCCGCUGAUAGGUGAGGAAACUUAACAUCCAGAGAGCUUAAGUAAUUAAUUGCUCAAGGUCACACAGUUAAUAAAUAAUGAGAUUCUAAUCUGGGGUGUCCAGGCCCCUCUGUGCACCCCCUCCCUCACCCCUGUGCUCUUGUGUCUUUAGGAGCUGACCUCUGUCUGAGGAGAAAAUUGAGAACGAAGUCCCUCACCCUCUUUUUUUUCCAGUGAACAGCAGAAGUUACCCAAAAUAGCUUUCUGUGGUCGGCUUGUUCGGAGGAACUUGGCCGGUGCCCCCGAGUGAGACAGCUCCUCCCUGUUGCAAGCAAGCGGAGCCUGGGGUGAGGCGAGAAGCAAAGGAGUGGUGAAGAUGUUAAAGGCUGUGCUGAAGAAGAGCCGAGAGGGAGGCAAGGGAGGCAAGAAGGAGCCAGGAGGUGACUUUAGUCCAGAGACUUCCCCUCCAGUCCUGCCCCCUGGCCUUGGUGGUGACUUUUCUGUGAGCAGCCUUCCUAUGGCAGAGGACACCUACAGGGUGAGCUUGGCCAAAGGUGUCUCCAUGUCGCUGCCUUCAUCACCUCUGCUGCCUCGACAGUCUCACUCAAUGCAGUCAAGAUCAAACAAGAAAUCCCCAGGUCCCGUCAGGAAACCCAAGUAUGUGGAAAGCCCCAGAGUGCCUGGCGACGCAGUUAUAAUCCCGUUCAGAGAAGUGCCCAAGCCAACAGAGCUUAAUGAGAAUGAAGCAAAGGCCGAUAAUGAACCGAGCUGUUCGCCGGCAGCUCAAGAACUGUUGACAAGGCUGGGAUUUUUACUGGGAGAAGGGAUCCCAAGUGCCACACACAUAACCAUUGAAGAAAAAAAUGAAACCAUGUGCACAGCCCUGAGCCAAGGCAUCAGUCCUUGCUCCACACUAACAAGCAGCACCGCAUCUCCUAGCACCGAUAGCCCCUGCUCAACCUUGAAUAGCUGUGUCAGCAAGACGGCAGCCAACAAAAGUCCCUGUGAGACCAUUAGCAGCCCUAGUUCCACCCUGGAAAGCAAGGACAGUGGAAUUAUAGCCACAAUUACAAGUUCAUCCGAAAAUGAUGACCGGAGUGGCUCCAGUUUGGAAUGGAGUAAGGAUGGAAGCCUAAGGUUAGGGGUACAGAAGGGAGUGCUUCAUGAUCGCAGGGCAGAUAAUUGCUCCCCCGUGGCAGAAGAGGAGCCUGCUGGGUCAGCAGAGAGCGUGCUGCCCAAAGCUGAAGCCCCAGUUGGAGAUGGUCCGGUCCCUUAUUCUCAGAGCUCCAGCUCGCUAAUAAUGCCACGGCCCAACUCAGUUGCAGCGACGAGCUCAACCAAAUUGGAAGACCUGAGUUACUUAGACGGGCAGAGAAAUGCUCCCCUUCGGACGUCGAUCAGGUUGCCCUGGCACAGCACGGCCGGCGGCCGGGCGCAGGAAGUGAAAGCACGAUUUGCUCCCUACAAGCCACAAGACAUUUUGUUGAAGCCCCUGUUGUUUGAAGUACCAAGCAUAACAACAGACUCUGUGUUUGUGGGGAGGGAUUGGCUCUUCCACCAGAUCGAAGAAAACUUGAGGAACACAGAACUGACGGAAAACAGAGGAGCGGUGGUGGUUGGAAACGUGGGCUUUGGGAAGACGGCAAUCAUUUCUAAGUUGGUGGCACUGAGCUGCCACGGAAGCCGCAUGAGGCAGAUUGCUUCCAACAGCCCCAGCUCGUCACAUAAAACUUCCGAUUCCUCCCCAGAUCUUCCAUUCACUCCGUUGCUUUCGCCAAGUACUUCUCCAGGUGGUACCAACACGGCUAAAACACCCACUGGGUCAGGGUCUGAUGUUCCUGAAAACCAGAGACCAAGAGAGGAUGCAGUGAAAUACCUCGCCUCCAAGGUGGUGGCCUACCACUACUGCCAGGCCGACAACACCUACACAUGCCUGGUGCCCGAGUUCGUGCACAGCAUCGCGGCUCUGCUCUGCAGGUCCCAUCAGCUGGCCGCCUACAGAGACCUGCUGAUAAAGGAGCCCCAGCUGCAGAGCAUGUUGAGCCUCAGAUCCUGUGUGCAGGACCCCGUGGCUGCCUUCAAGAGGGGAGUGCUGGAACCGCUCACCAUCCUGAGAAACGAGCAGAAAAUUCCUGAAGAAGAAUACAUUAUUUUGAUAGAUGGCUUAAAUGAAGCUGAGUUUCAUAAACCGGAUUAUGGAGAUACGCUUUCUUCAUUUAUUACCAAAAUCAUCUCUAAGUUUCCUGCCUGGUUGAAGCUGAUUGUGACUGUAAGAGCAAAUUUUCAGGAAAUUGUAAGUGCGCUGCCGUUUGUCAAGCUUUCCUUAGAUGACUUUCCUGACAACAAGGACAUUCACAGUGACCUGCAUGCCUACGUCCAGCACCGGGUCCAGAGCAGCCAGGACAUCCUUAGCAACAUCUCCCUGAAUGGCAAGGCCGACGCCGCCCUCAUCGGGAAAGUGAGCAGCCACCUGGUACUGCGGAGCCUGGGCUCGUACCUGUACCUCAAGCUCACCUUAGACCUCUUCCAGAGGGGACACUUGGUCAUCAAAAGUGCCAGCUACAAGGUGGUGCCCGUGUCUUUGUCUGAGCUCUACCUGCUGCAGUGCAACAUGAAGUUCAUGACCCAGUCCGCCUUCGAGAGGGCGCUUCCGAUUUUGAACGUGGCCCUCGCAUCCCUGCACCCCAUGACGGACGAGCAGAUCUUCCAGGCUAUUAAUGCCGGCCACAUACAGGGGGAGCAGGGCUGGGAGGACUUUCAGCAGAGGAUGGACGCCCUCUCUUGCUUCCUCAUUAAGAGGCGAGACAAAACCCGCAUGUUCUGCCACCCAUCCUUCAGGGAGUGGCUUGUUUGGAGAGCAGACGGUGAAAACACGGCCUUCCUGUGUGAGCCCAGGAAUGGGCACGCUCUCCUGGCAUUCAUGUUCUCUCGACAAGAGGGCAAGCUGAACCGGCAGCAGACCAUGGAGCUUGGGCACCACAUCCUGAAGGCACACAUUUUCAAGGGCCUCAGUAAGAAGACCGGAAUCUCCUCAAGCCAUCUGCAAGCCCUGUGGAUCGGGUACAGCACUGAGGGGCUGUCUGCUGCCCUCGCCUCUCUCAGGAAUCUCUACACACCCAACGUGAAGGUGAGCCGGCUCCUGAUUUUGGGAGGGGCCAAUGUGAACUACAGGACAGAAGUGUUAAAUAACGCCCCGAUCCUGUGCGUGCAGUCUCACCUUGGCCAUGAGGAAGUGGUCACUCUGCUGCUGGAGUUCGGUGCCUGCCUGGACGGAAUGUCAGAGAACGGCAUGACCGCCCUCUGCUACGCGGCCGCUGCUGGCCACAUGAAGCUGGUGUGUCUGCUGGUCAAGAAGGGGGCAAGGCUGGACCAUUUGGAUAAGAAAGGCCAGUGUGCACUGGUCCACAGCGCACUGAGGGGCCACAGUGACAUUCUGCAGUACCUGCUGUCCUGCGAGUGGUCAGCAGGUCCUCCCCAGCCAGGCACGCUGAAAAAGAGCCAGGCCCUGCAGCAGGCACUGACAGCGGCUGCCAGCAUGGGCCACAGCUCGGUGGUCGAGUGCUUGCUGGGACUGGAAAAGGAACAUGAAAUAGACGUCAAUGGCACCGACACGCUGUGGGGAGAAACGGCCCUGACUGCUGCCGCGGGACGAGGGAAGCUGGAGGUCUGUGAGCUGCUGCUGGAGUGUGGAGCUGCUGUGUCCCGGACAAACAGGAGAGGGGUCCCACCGCUGUUCUGUGCAGCACGCCAAGGGCAUUGGCAGAUCGUGAGGUUGCUCUUAGACCACGGCUGUGACGUGAACCUAAGUGACAAGCAGGGCCGGACACCCCUCAUGGUGGCUGCCUGUGAAGGGCACCUGAGCACUGUGGAAUUCCUCCUUUCAAAAGGUGCUGCCCUUUCUUCUCUGGACAAAGAGGGUUUGUCAGCAUUAAGCUGGGCUUGUCUGAAAGGUCACAGGGCAGUGGUCCAGUUCCUGGUUGAGGAAGGAGCCGAAAUAGACCAGAUGGAUAAGAACGGCCGGACUCCCCUGGACCUGGCGGCCUUCUACGGCGACGCAGAGACCGUGCUGUACCUGGUUGACAAGGGAGCUGUGAUUGAGCAUGUGGACCACAGCGGGAUGCGGCCCUUGGACAGAGCCAUCGGUUGUCGAAACACAUCUGUAGUGGUUACGCUGCUGAGAAAAGGAGCCAAAUUAGGAAAUGCUGCUUGGGCGAUGGCUACUUCCAAACCUGAUAUUUUGAUUAUACUUUUACAGAAAUUGAUGGAGGAAGGAAACGUGAUGUACAAAAAAGGGAAGAUGAAAGAGGCAGCCCAGAGGUACCAGUAUGCCUUAAGGAAGUUCCCUCGAGAAGGAUUCGGAGAGGACAUGAGACCGUUCAAUGAACUAAGAGUUUCCCUCUAUCUCAAUCUGUCUCGCUGCCGAAGAAAAACAAACGACUUUGGCAUGGCAGAAGAAUUUGCUUCCAAGGCUCUCGAGCUGAAACCAAAGUCCUAUGAAGCCUUUUAUGCCAGGGCAAGAGCGAAGAGAAACAGCAGGCAGUUUGCGGCCGCUCUGGCUGACCUGCGAGAGGCGGUGAAACUCUGUCCCACCAACCAGGAGAUCAGGAGGCUCCUGGCCCGCGUAGAAGAGGAAUGCAAGCAGCUCCAGAGGAGCCAGCAGCAGAAACAGCAGUGCCCGCCCCCGGCCCCCGCCAAUGACUCGGAUAAUGAGGAGGAAGCCCCAACCCCUGGACUGGAUGACCAGUUGCAUCUGGAGGAGGCGGAAGAAGAGGAAACUUCUCCACAGGAAGAAUCCAUUUCCCUGACUCCCAGGCCCCAGCCACCUGUCCCCUCCCCGUAUAUCCGGAGCCUUCAAGAAGGGUUGCAGUCCAAAAUAAGGCCAGUCUCUCCACAGAGCAGGCCAGGAGCCCCCCAGCCCCCGAGGGAGCCCGUAAUGCAGCCGGGGUUGAUUAUGCAGCCCACCAAGCAGGCCCAGAUCGUGAAGACCAGCCAACAUCUGGGUUCCGGACAGGCUGGCAUGAGGAACGGUGGCACAAAACUGCAGGUCUCGUCUCCGAAUCCUCCCCCGAGCCCUAUGCCGGGUAGGAUCACUGUAGCUCCCGCUGGCAGCAGAAACCAGCAUCCGGAGAGAGCAGGCACCUUCUCUGGGGGGGCGGGUUCCGGCCGGUUUGGAGAGCGGCUGGGCCCGGGCCACAGCGUCCAGCCGCAGCACAGUGAGAGUGGCACUGCAUACCCUCUACCAAGCAAGAUCAAAAGUGCAGAGCGGCUUCUGUCUCACGCCUCCAUGGCCGUGGAUGUGGCCCCUCUAAACCAAGGUGGGCCCGCGAGCUGCAGUGACAUGCGACACCCAGCUUCCCUCACCAGCUCGGGCUCUUCUGGUUCUCCCUCCAGCAGCAUAAAGAUGUCCAGUUCAACCAGUAGUUUGACUUCAAACAGCAGUUUUUCAGAUGGCUUCAAGGGCCAGGGACCAGAUGCUCGAGUCAAAGACAAGGCUGUUAGCCAGGGUCAGAGCGGCACAGCCGAGCACAGGCCACGCAAUACCCCGUUCAUGGGCAUCAUGGAUAAGACUGCGAGGUUUCAGCAGCAGAGCAAUCCUCCCGGCCGCGCCUGGCACACUGCGGUGCCGGAGGGGCUACUGACAAACGCAUCUUCUGCAGCUGGCCUGCAGUCCUCGAACUCGGAGAAGCCCUCUCUCAAACAAGCAGCAGGAUAUAACAGCCAAGCCAAAACCUGCUCUGUGUCUACCCUGGGGGGCGGUGUGCACAAUGGGGCGCAGGUGAAGGAGCUAGAAGAAAGGAAGUGCCAAAUGCCAGCCCACUGUCAAGAUACCAGGAGUACCAAGACUGUCUCUCAUCUGUAUCAGGAAAGCAUCUCGAAACAGCAGCCUCACAUCACUAACGAAGCCCACAGGAGUCACCUUCCUUCAGCAAAACCAAAGCGAUCGUUCAUAGAGUCCAAUGUGUGAGCCGAGGAGAGACCCGCUGGUAGAAUUUGAAAAACAAUGUGUUGGCUCUUGCUAAUUAAAUGUUUUUUUAUGAGGAAAAUUACUUUUUAGCCAUGUAUUUUUUCUUUUUUUCCUUGGGGGUGGAUCAUAUUUAUUUAAAAUACAGAAUACCGUUUCCUUGAUAAAUACCAGAAGUCACCAUAAAUAAGAAUGCUAACCAGAAUUGAAAACUACAAUUAGUUAUGCCUGUUACAUUAAAAAUUUUAAGACAGCCAAGAAGACAUUAACUCGUGCUUUUCUCCUGUGAAAUUGCUUGGUUUUUAUCACUUUUCUCCUAGCCUUAGCUAUGUGAUAAAAAAUCAUAUUUCUUAGAGAAUAUAAAUGUUUAGUCCUUUGCUAUGUGGUAAAAUCACAUAAAUGUCUAGUGAUAGGUUUAACUCUUGACUAAACAGCCAGGUGAUGUAUUCUGGAAAAGAUAGAAUUUUCAAGUUACAGUUCCAUUGAGUCAAAUUCCAAUUUAUUUAUACACACACACACAUAUAUAUAAUUAAGACCCCAGUGAUUUCUAGAUGAGUAUGUGUGACUAUAAAUGUUAUAGAGCUUAUUUUUUUAAGGAAAGUAUGACAACAGCCAAGUCUUGUUCCCUUCAUAGCAGUUCCCUGAAGAAGAUGAAGCACUUACUUUCAGUGUUAUGGUUCUCAUUAAUCGUAUUUCUGUAGCACCUUUUAUGGAGCUAUAUUCCCAUUUCAAGGUGUUUCAAUAUUUGGAAACAGUGUAAGCCAUUUGGAAUCAUGAUUGGUGGUCAAGUUGGAUUUGGGCUAGAAUACUAAGAAUAUAUAGCAUUCCCGGUGACACGUAAAUUAGCUUUCAAUUGGUUCCCCAACUGCUUUUAACAGUCAUAGCACUCCUGGAACAAGCCUUCCAAGGUCCUUGAAGGACAAUAUUUAAUUUGGAUUCCUAAGGUCUAGUUCAUUAGUUGCUUUUGUUUUAUUAUACAAUCAUUACUUUAUAGUCACAUGUUGUACAUAUUAAAUAGCCAAGUGUAUUCAGACUUGUAAAUAUAACUAUUUCAAGUAGUUAACCUUAAAAGAAAAAAAGUCAUAUAUUUGCAUGUUCUUUGUAAACGUCAUCCAUGCUGGUUAUUGCACUGAACACUAUAAUAUUAUGGCAUGUUAACAGUGUACCAGUAACGGCACUUUAUUUCCUUUAUAUGAACACCUUUGAGGUGCUACUUAAGUUCAGACUGAUGUAUUAUUCAUUUGUAAAGAUAAGGUACAGGAAUGAACCUUGGCUUAAAGGUAUUUUUAUAUGAAAAUGGUGUGCUAUUGAAGGAUGUUGAAAUGCUAGUUUGAGAGAGAGGUGGGAGUGUGUUUUAUAUGUUGGGAUGUGAAAUCUAUUUUCUAGAAUUGGGGAAAAGGAACCUCUAUAUUUACAGAAUGUUUUAAAAUUAACUCGUUGUAAUGAAGUUCCUGUGAGCGUCAUUGUGAUUUUGUACGAAUAGAAAUCUGGUGUGAUUCUUCAACAUUUGUUCCUGUUGUAUUUUGUAUGACUUUGUCAUUUUUUUAUAGGCUUUUCAUGAGUUCUGCUUUAACUACUAUGGCUUAUUUAUUGUUCUCUUUAAUAUUUGUGAGUUUUACUCUUUUGUUAUGUAGUUUUGUUUCUGCACAACUACUGUACUUUUCCACACGGAAUAAAGACUAUUAAUAGAAUUUGUUUUGUAUUAAAUGAAACCAUGACUAAGUAGAGAAUGCCUUGAUGACAGCUAUCUGCCUUGCUUUAAUUCUGGGUGAUCUUACCCUAAAGAAAACAGUGAAAAGCCUGAUUUUAUAGUAAUACACCAAAUGAAUAUUUUUUCAUUUAGUAAUAAUUUUUAAACAAGAGUGACAACUUCUAGAAAUCCCAAAUCAUUCAAGGGUCAAAGUUUGUCUUUUUGCCUGAAAUAGGGGAGAAAGCACAGAGAGCAUUCUAUAAUUUUCUCAUCUGUUUUUGGUGUAUGUUUUUACUGGCAACAGGAUAGCUUUCUUUAACUCUCAAACAUUUUGGCAACACAAGGAACACUAUCAGUAUGAAAGUUUGUUCUUCACAUUUGUAUUUUUCUGUUAAAAGUGUAUAUUUGUCUUUAUACCUACAUAUUUCAGCUUCAAAGUAGUUUGAAUGAGAGUGAACAUUAAACUGUGUUGUACUGUAAUAAAAUCCUGACUUGGAUCUUAA